AUGGUGACACUGCAGCAGCCCUUCUCCAGUAUGGAGGAGACCGUGAGGAACAUCCUUCAGAACCAGGACUCGAUGGAGGGGCCUAAAGUGGACCCCCUGGACCUGAUGAAGGCCUAUAAGGACAAGCUGCUGGAGGAGAUGUGGAAGCAGCAGGACAGCCUGGAGGCAUCUGUCACAGUCACAGAGACAGCAGCAGAGGAGCUCAGUGGCUCUGAGGAGGACCGCAACAACCCCCUAAUGGACAAGCUCCGAGCGCUGGAGGCAGAAAACUCAGCACUGUCUGUUGAGAAUGACAACCAAAGGAAGCAGUACGAGCGCUGUUUGGAUGAGGUGGCAAACCAAGUGGUGCAGGCCCUCCUCACUCAGAAGGACUUGAAAGAGGAGUGUGUGAAGCUGAGGACUCGUGUGUUCGACUUGGAGCAGCAAAAUCGUAUCCUCAGCGUUCUGUUCCAGCAGCGGGUCAAGAUGGCCGCCGCACCACACUCUCAGACGUUCGAUAACCUCCGACACGGCUCCAGUAAUUUGUCCACGAUUGUUCCCGGCGACGUGUUCUUCUACAAUGUUGGAGAUUGA